AUGGCAGAUCAUGCUAGCCGGCUCAAGGAGCUGGAACAGCAGGUUGCUCGCUUACAUCAGCGGAAUGCGCAACUCGAAACACAAUUGAGCGCCCGGAUUUCUCCGCGCUCCUCCACGAGCACAGUCUCAUCGCAACCAGAGCAAAAAGCCAAACCAAAUCAAAACUACUUUGUGGCCGCCCAUGCUCCCGAUCCGUCCGACGGAGAUGACUUGGACGUUGACUUUCCCUCCGACUCGGAACUGAAUGAGAGCUUGCAAGAAGCCGCCGCUGACCGUGCUGAGGCUUUGAGCUUGGGGCCUGAUAGCUGGCUGGUCAAAUCACCAGCGCGCAUGCGCUCGACACUGUCAUCAAAGGACUGGCUGGGUGCAGAGCGUGCGCGCGACGAAUUGGCCGAUGUUAUGCGCAAGCUUUCUUUUUUUGACGAUGACGAUCGCAGCGACACGACGGAACUCAAUCGCUCCUGGGCUGGCACCCUACCCGCCCAUGACCUCAUGAGUAGUGACGGUCCUCGCUUGCACCGCUCCUUUGAAGCUCGGCGACACUCCAGCGACGCUGCAUUGGGCCUUCGAGCGCGUGCCGCUGCCGCGGAAGAGUUUGGCUCCCCCAGCAAUUCACCCCUUUCCAGGCCCCAUGCUGCAUCGGUGUCCGGAGCGGCCUAUCCCGAUGAUUUUGCACGUGUGGAUGGCUACGUUCACGAGCCCAGUCCACACCGUGUGCUUCGCAAACAUGAGCGAGAUGCUGGCGUGCCCAAGAAAGUUUUGCCUGCAACGGUUGUCAGGUCAAACCCCUCUAGUCCCACCGUAUCCCGGGCCCGCAAGACCAUGCUCACUGUCCCCAACACGAGCGUUUUAUAG